AUGAAAGAAGUGUUGGAGAUACCUGAGACGAGCAAAGUUCAGCGCUCGCUUUCGUUCAACGGGGAGACCGAGAAGAAGGAUGACGUCGGUGUCGAGGAAAAGGAUGGUGAAGGGACGAAGGAUGACGUGGUUGUCGAGGAAAAGGAUGGUGAAGGGACGAAGGAUCAAUUGGAAGAGGAUGUUGAUGAUGUAGAGAGUGUCCCUUCACUUAAUCUAUCAGAAGAGAAGGUCGUUGUUCCAACUAAGGUGGUUGUUUCUGAUGAUUCGUUUGAGAAUGCGGGAGGGAAGGUGAUUGGUCCGUUCAUCGUGAAGAAGGGUUACUCAAAUCAACAAGACGAGUUGUUCCGUUACAUUUUCUCUAGCGCCAAUGAUCCGAGUGAAGUGUUAGCCCAUUUUGGGAAGGUUGAGGUCGAGCGGAUGUAUUUCAAAUGCAUGAAACCGGAGACCGAUAUAUCACACAGUCUCAUUGAUUGCUUUGCUCAAAUCAUGAAUUUUCGAGAGAAGAAGCGCAACGGCAUUGGAAGUAAGAGAACUUGGUUUAUGCCCACCAGAAUUUCGAGCAAGUUACUUGGAAGAUCGAUGACUGUGGAGAGGAUGGCGAAGCAGCAAGAGUGGUCCACUCUUUAUUACGAUGCAGAUUUGAGUUUAUGUCACACUAUGGUGGUACCCCUACUGGAUACCGAGAGUGCUCCGCACUGGUUUGCGGCGAAUGUGAGCAUGGUUAAUACAACAGUGGAAAUUAGGGACUCGUUGUCUUCUGCAAUGCAUAAGAGGUCACGUCGGAGCACCUGCGUAGAGAUGCUCCAGACUUUGGACCAAUUGUUUGCCCCUGUCAAGCCAGGAGACCUGAAUUUCAGCGAGUUUGUAAUUAUUUCUUCAAGCAAGGACUACCCACAACAACAAAAUGGCCACGAUUGUGGAAUGUUUGUAAUGAAGUACAUGGAAUCACUGUUCGAGGAAAAUGAAAUAUUGGAAGAGUUUGAUCCUAUUGAAGCGAGACUGGAUUGUGUUGGGAAAAUUGUCACCCACGAGAGUAACAAGGCUAAACAUGCUGUGAUGGAGGGAGUUAAGAAGCAAUUUGGAUUGAGCAAAACCAAAGUUCUUCCAUCAACAUCUACAACUAUAGCAUUACAUAGUCCAUCAAGGUCUCCUCGAGACCCCCGAUUCAGCACAGCGAAGGCCAGGUCCGAAAACAUGUGGACUGGCAAGAGCAAGUCCCCGAAAACACGUCAUUCUAAAAGGCUGGCCAUAAGUAACAAGUAGUAUAUUACAAUAGUUAGAAAAGUUACUUUAUUUAUAUAUUUACUAUGUUCAGUACAAUGGUUACAAAAGUUAGGUUUUAGGUCGUAAAUUAUAUUUACUCAGUCAUGUUAUAUACUUGCAUCAUACUACUGUUAGGUGAUUUGGAAUUGCACUAAUGUUGGUGAUUUUAUAAUUUACUAUAGGGUGAGACUUGUGGUAGUUUUUAGAAUUUGGUGGAACUGAUUAUUAUUAUUGUAUGGUCAUUAUUACUAUUAUUGUGAAUAUUAUUUAGGUUGUUAUACUUUGCCAUUACUAUUAGGUUUUGGAUUUUUUUUUACCAUAACAAUAUGUCAAGUACAUUAUUCUGAAAAUGAAACUAACCAAUUUUACAUUCCUUUUCGCACUAUCUGUUUUAGUCCAAUGAUGUCCAUAGCCAAAAUAAUAAUAAUACUUAUACUUAUGUACUUUCCCAUUACUAUUGUGAAUAUUAUUACUGUUGUUAUAUUUUGCCAGUACUAUUAGGUUUUGGAUAGUGAAGUACAUUAUUUUCAAAAUGAAAUUGUUUACUCCAAUUAUGUCCAAAAUAAUAAAAAUACCUACAAUCAACAACGAAGGCAUUAAUUCUGGCCUUGGACAUAAAUU